AGACAAAGCUCAAAACAAUACAAGAAUUCGUUCACUCCAAUAUUGCAGUUUGGACCAACGUUAAAAAAACAAUGAAAAAGUGCCAUCUUAAAGUUAUGUUAUUCAUUAAAAUUUUAAAUUUGGUGCAAAGUGAGCACAUAACCUCGGAGCAAGUUGGGUGUGUCGAAGGACCAGUCUUACCUGGACUGCCUCAGCCUAAAUUGAAUAUAAGAAUUCUCCCAUUGCUGUCCGUACGUAGCUUUUCUACUCUAAACAUUGUUUGUGAUGCUAGCGCGGCAAGAAAGAUUAAUGGCUGCUUGAAAUUACCAAAACCACCUCUACCCCCAACAAGAAUUCUCAUCAAUAUCGGAGUCUACCUGGUUAAAGAAUGUAUUUCUCCCACAAAUAUAAACCAGUGCACAUGUAAUCUGACAGCGUUCUUUCAAGGUAUACCACCAAGAAUCAGUUGUACUGCUUUUGAUGCUAUUGGAGAAUGCAGAUUUAAAAUAGUUAAUGUCAGUCUUGUAGAAGAAGCAACUCUUCAGCGUAUUUCGAGAAAGGAAACUUCCAAGAGAAACACAAAAGAUUAUUCAAUAGUAAUACCAAAACAUCAGUUUUGUUGACGAAAUUGGUCCCAACAAUGCCAACAACUGCAUCAAAGAGCAAAAAAGAGGAAG